CAAAAAACCCAUUCAGCUUGGACGAGUGACACAUAUAUAAUAAUACUUGGUGGAUACUGAGUGAACCACAUUGUAUGCUGUCCUGUGAAAGGAAUGACACAUAAACAGUAUCUACAAAAGUGCGUAUCUUUAUUUCCUACCAUACAGAAGUUAAAUUAAAUACCAGAACAAGGCUUUUCAAGGGCGUCCCUCUUUUACCGUACUAAUCAUAAUUACCGACGCGGCUGCAUCAUGCAAGUUUGGUCCGAGAUGGCGCGAACAUUAAGAACAGCCAACAGAUUUCUGCCAGAGAUAUGUCAGUACGGAUGCUUGCAAUCACAAAGGCGACAGUCUGCGAGUACUACGGUGGAACAUGCUCCAGAUACCGUAAAACCUCUAAGUGAAAUGCCUGAGAUAAAAUUGUCAGUGUUUGAUAUUGCGAAAAUAUUGGUAAAAGACGAGAUGAAACACAACCAUGAACAGCAGCUUCAGAUAGCGCAUGAAUACGGACCUAUUUACAGGCAGAAGUUUGGUAAUUCUUUCGACGCGGUGUUUGUGAUGGAUGCAAUGGCAGCCGAACAGCUUGUUAGACAACUGGGCCAAGAGACGUCCCGUUUGAAUGUCCCCCAGUGGGAAGAAUACAGGACCCUCAGAGGAGAGGACGCUGGGAUAUUGUUGUCCCAGGAUGAAGAAUGGCGACGCAUACGUCGUGUGAUGGACAAGCCGAUGCUGCGGAUGACGCACAUGGAGCGCUAUACGCAAGAACUGAACCCCGUCAUGAAGGACUUCGUCGACCACAUAGCGGCGGCGCGGCGCGACGACGGCAGCGUGGACAAUCUCAAUCACAACUUCUUCAACUGGGCUCUCGAAUCUAUCGCUCUUCUAUUGUAUCGGAGGCGGUUUGGCUGUAUUGACGGAUCCAGUGACGCUUUGUCGAAGAAGUUCACAGAAUCCGUGUCGACCAUGUUUGAACUGAAUAUGAAGAUGUUCGGACUUCCACCCAAAUUUAUCAGGAUCUUUUUCCCCCUCAUGUGGAAGAAGUUUGUUGACUGUUGGGAUACAUUCUUCAUCAUGGGCCGGCGGUGCGUGGAGGAGACGAAGACAUUACAAGACGAAGGGAUCCUGUCUUCCAUCCUCGCCCAAAACCAGCUGACGGAGAUGCAGGUCGUCUCCAGCCUCACAGAGACCAUGAUGGCAGCCGUGGACACGACCUCCAACACUGUCCUGUGGAUCCUGUAUGAGCUGGCACGUCACCGGGAUAUCCAGGAGAAGCUGCUGAAAGAGCUGAAUGACGUCAUCCCACCAGGACAGCAGCCGACCUACGAGCAUAUCAAACAGACGCACUACCUCAAAGCGAUAGUACGCGAAUCACUCAGGAUUCAUCCAGCGGUAAUUUCAAUCAACCGAAGACUCUCCCAUGACACCGUUAUUCUUGGGUACCAGGUGCCAGCAGGGAUGCAUGUUAUGUUAUUUGGCUAUGGCAUGUCACUGUCCGGUGAAGUGUUCGACAAUCCGAAAGAAUUCCGCCCUGAACGCUGGCUGAGGCAGAAUCGAACAAGCUCUCUCGCAUCGUUCGCUUCCAUGCCGUUUGGCAUUGGAGCACGAGGCUGCUUAGGAAGACGUGUUGCGGAACUAGAGAUGUAUCUAGUUUUAUCACAGUUGAUUCGGCGUUUUGACGUGGUUCUCACGGACCCGGAGCCACUAAAAGGACUUUCACGGAUACUGGUGGUCCCAGAAAAACAGAUCCCUGUCAUCUUUAAAGACCGCAGCUCAAGUAUAUAGGUAUCGGCGUGACACCACCCAUGGAUAUUCACUAGGAAACAGAUUCUGCAGACGUCUUCAAGAUUGGGUGAUCUAUUUUGUAUGAACCAGUGUUCUUCCUUUGACGCCAACCGGCGUUUUAAAAUGGCUUCUGAUUAAUCAUUCUGGGUCUCAUAAAAAUACACUGUUAAGCAUGGCAGAAUUCCGCUUCUUAGCUGUUUAGUUACUUUUAAAGGGACAUUCCUGAGUUUGCUGCAAUUUUUAAGAUGUUAUCGACUAACAGACUUUUUGACGACUGUAAUUAAAAAAAUUGUCGCUGUAUAUUAAACAUGUUUCUGAUCGUUCUA